UAACUGGGAACGUGACAAACUUCAUGCAAUUUGCACACACACGUUGCAGUCUUAUCCUAAAAUGCUGCCAGCUGCUUAUUAAACCAAUUAAGCUUGCACUGUUUCCAUUCUCAGUUCACAUGAAUUUUCACUCCUUCCUAGACUUCUUUGCCUCCAAUUCACAUCAUUUUUAAUUUUUUACAUAUAUCUCUAGUUUUAGCCGCAAAUUUUUAUGGCACUUGUUUUGGCUUUCAUCUUCUACUUUCUUAUUGGGAUCUCGAAUUCUUAUGGUCAACUCAAAGUUGGUUUCUACGAUGAAACAUGCCCUCAAGCCGAGUCCAUUGUCCGCAACGUUGUUAGUGAUGCCGUACUUUCCAACGCCAAUAUUGCUGCUGUCUUGCUUAGGCUUCAUUUCCAUGACUGCUUUGUUGAGGGCUGUGAUGGCUCAAUUCUGAUUGACGACGGUAAUCCAAAUGCCGAGCGACAUGCGUUUGGCCAUCAAGGCGUUGGGGGCGUUGAAGUGAUAGAGAAAGCCAAAGAACAGCUAGAGGCUGUUUGCAAUGGCGUCGUUUCUUGCGCUGAUAUCGUAGCCUUGGCGGCUCGAGACGCUAUAGCCUUGGCCAACGGACCGUCGUAUGAGGUCCCAACGGGCCGAAGAGAUGGUGGGAUUUCUAAUAUUUCAUUGGCAGACGACAUGCCGGAUGUUAGUGACUCGAUUGAGCAACUUAAGGUUAAGUUUUUUAACAAGGGGCUCACAGAGAAAGACCUUGUGUUACUGACUGCUGCUCAUACAAUUGGAACCACUGCAUGCUUUUUCAUGACGAAAAGGCUCUACAAUUUUCUCCCUGGUGGAAGGCCUGAUCCAACCAUCAAUCCUGCUUUCCUUCAGGAGCUAAAAGCCAAAUGCCCUCAAAACGGUGACGCUAAUGCCAGGAUACCCAUUGACAGUGGAAGCCAACAAAGCUUUGACAUCCAUAUUUUACAAAACAUUAGGAGUGGAUUUGCUGUGUUAGAAUCUGAUGCUAGGCUCAAUGAUGAUCGAACUACAAAGAGCAUAAUUGACUCGUACUUCGGCUUGCUCAAUCCACUAUUUGGGCCUUCUUUUGAGGCAGAUUUUGUUGAUUCAAUAAUAAAGAUGGGAGAGAUUGGUGUCAAACUAGAUUUUCAGGGAAAUAUUAGACGAAUUUGUACCAGUUUUAACUGAACUUUGGGCACUUUUACAUACAUUAUCUUUUGUGUAGCGUCUUUAAUUAGAUUUGAGUUCAUGUAACACUUAACACGCAUGUUAGGUACAUUCAGAUCUAUGUAAUUAUUAACUCUAUGUAUAUAUAAUUUUGAUAUAAUAGGAACAUUUGCUUUCUUAUAAAGAAAACCAU